UCUCAACCUUUGUAGGGGUUGAGCAAGUACGGUGUACCUCCAUCUAUCUAGGUACCUAGGUACAUGCCUAGGUAUUUUCCGGAUUGGGCGUGAGUUCGGAGGCGGGACAACAACACUACAAAAGGUGGAGACUCGACAUCAAGACCUCGGUCACACAGCAGACGUUGAGCCCACGGCACGAGCGGACUGAACGAACGCAGUACUCCGUAACUCGUACUGCAUGUAUACACACGGUAAAUGAUGGAGGACCACCGGCCCUCGCGACCCUGGUGUAUCCAUCCAUUCCUUGCCCAGUCGUGCCAGUCUGCCGCAGCACGUCUCACAAGGCUGAAGAGGAGGUCGCGGGAGCUCGUGGUUGGAGAGCUGAACCAGUGGGCCGUCUCUGUUGUCAUCUCUAUAGCCGGAAUCAGGCCGAUUCGAAGAUGGCGAACGAAUCUUAGGUUUGAGAGGCUAGCAGUCAAGAGGGCGCUGGGCGAGAUAUGAGAAUAUGGUCAUGGCAUUCUCUGUGGCCUUGCAACCAGAACAGCGACACUGCAAUUGACAGUAGUCUAGUGGCAUGACGGCCGAAACACAAACUACCUUCUUGCACCGCUUUCGAUUUUUUCUGUCUGGUCUCAACGAAAGAUUCUUAAGAGGAUAGUCCUUCGUCUUAGGAGGGGCCAGCUAUUGACACGCCGGCGUCAGCUCACCGCCUUUCUCCUCAGCAAAAUGCAACGAUUGCGGAUACCGCCAGUGGGUAGUCGCCUGUGUCGCGCGUCGAAGGGGGAAAGAACGUGCAUCCCGUAGUGGAGAAUUAUGGGAAAUGGGA